AUAAGCCAAAGAAUUUAUGGAAGAAUGUUUAUAUUGAUGAAUAUCAGAAACAUGUUACAAUUUCUACCAUUGAUUCAACUACUGAAUUAGAAGAUGCAGAUGAAAGAAUAGUUUAUAUGGAAGAUUUAGAAAAAAGAAAACAAGUAUAUGGAAUAUGUGGAGAAUGUAAUGAACCUGGUACAGGAGAAAAAUGGUGUCAAACUUGUAAUGCUAAAAGAUUUAAAGAUAACUUUAAAAAUUGGACUAGUGGAAAUAAAGAUAUUGAUGAAUUUAUACAACAAUCACAACUUAAUGCUUUAUAUUAUAAAAAAUGUCUUGAAUGGAUACCUUUUGAAAAAUUUCAAGAUAUUACUUAUAUUGCAGAAGGUGGAUUUGGUAAAAUAUAUUCAGCUAAAUGGCCUGAAGGAAAUAUUGAAUAUUGGGAUAUUGAAAAUCAAAAAUGGCAAAGAUGUUGUUGGGAUAAUUAUGCAUUGAAAAGUUUGAAUAAUUCUUCUAAUAUAAGUUCAGAUUUUUUAAAUGAGAUUAAAUCUCAUCUUCAGAUUCAUCUUUUUGAUGUUAUUACAUGUUAUGGAAUAACUCAAGAUCCAAAGACUAAAGAGUAUAUGAUAGUUUUAUAUUACUGUAAUGGUGGGAAUUUGAGAAAUUAUUUGAAUAAAUCUGAAAAAUAUAUAGGUUAUCAAUCAAAAAUUUAUAUAUUACAGCAAAUUGCAAGAGGACUUUUAGACAUUCACAUUGUUGAGAAAGUUCAUAAAGAUUUUCAUUCGGGUAAUAUAUUAUAUGAUCAUUAUUCUAAUUCAUAUAUAAGUGAUUUAGGAAUGUGUCAACCAGCAAAUAAGAAAUCAGUUAAAGAAGAAGGAAUUUAUGGAGUAUUACCAUAUAUGGCACCAGAAGUUUUACGAGGACAUCAAUAUACAAAAGCAGCAGAUAUUUACUCAUUUGGAAUAAUAAUGAAUGAGUUUCUUUCUGAAGAAAUUCCUUAUGGUGAUAUUUCUCAUGAUGAAUUUUUAGCUGUUAAAAUUUGUAAAGGACAGAGACCAAAAAUUUCUGAAGAUGUACCAAAAUUACUUACAGAUUUGAUUUUUAAAUGUUGGGAUGCAGAAAUAGAAAAUAGACCAACUGCUAAAGAAUUGUAUCAGAAAUUAACAAAAUGGAAUGUUGAAAUUAGCAAAAUUAAAUAUAGUAAAGAUAGUAAAAAUAGUGAAGAUAGUGAAAUUUAUUCACAAAUAAAAGUAAUUGAUGAAAUUGGAAAAAAAAAAUUUGAAAGCAGAUCAAGCAAAGAUAAAUCCAAAAAUAUUCAAACACAUCCACAAGCAAUUUAUACUAGUAGACUUUUAAAUUUUAAAAAUCUUCCAAAACCAGUAAAUUCUUCAGAUUUAUCAUCAUUUCAAUUUAAUUCAGAUGCUAAGUAUGCUAUUCAAUCAACAUUAGCGGAUCCAAUUUCAGAAUGCUUUGAUGUUCAAUUAAGUGAAUCGGAACUAAAUGAAAUUUGUCAAGAUGAUGAAAAUAAUAUUGAAAGUUGAAGUCAAUGGUUUAAGUAACUGAAGAUCACGUUGAACAGUUGAAAUUAACCUUUUAUUUCUAUUUUUAUAUUUUAUAUGAUACCUUUGUUUACUUUUUACAGUAUAUACGUAUCGGUUGUAUUUAUUUAGAAAUUACGUUUUCAUUUAAAUAAAGAGCCUAAAUUCUUUAUACUUAUUGGAUAGUUAUUGUUUAAUUUUACAAUGGUAAGAUCGCAAAUAUCUUG